AUGGCCACCUCCGAGGUUAUGAACAAAGCUGAGGGUGGAGGGCACGAGGAGGAGGUGGCUAAAGAAGAGGAGGUAGUGAAAGAAAAGCCAUCAGAAGCGACUGCGGAGGGAGUCCAAGGAGGAGAAGGCAGAGACCUUCCCGGCUCCCUUAAGACUCUGAGGAGGAAGGCCCACAGAGACCAUCCAUCUGAGGUCCUGAGCAAGCUACACCCCCUGCAGUACAGGUGGGUUCUGUGGUUCUUCAAGAAUGACCGAAACCGGGCGUGGCAGGACAACCUGCAGAUGGUCACCAAGUUUAACACUGUGGAGGAAUUCUGGGCGAUGUACAGCCAUGUCAAGCUGGCCAGCAAGCUCUCUUCCGGCUGUGACUACGCUCUGUUUAAGGAAGGCAUCCAACCCAUGUGGGAAGACAACAGAAACAAGAGGGGUGGCCGCUGGCUGCUCAGCAUUGCCAAACAGCAGCGCCACCUUGAACUGGACCGUCUGUGGCUGGAGACGUUGCUGUGCCUGCUCGGGGAAUGUUUUGAGGUAUACAGUGGGGAAGUGUGUGGAGCUGUUGUGAACAUUCGCACCAAGGGGGACAAGAUUGCCGUGUGGACCAGCGAAGCAGAGGACAAGGCCGGCGUGAUGCACAUCGGGCAAAUAUACAAAGAGCGUCUGGGCCUCUCUCCGAAGACCAUCAUUGGGUACCAGGCCCAUGCAGACACUGCUGCCAAGAGCAACUCCUUAGCCAAGAACAAGUUUGUGGUGUGA